ACUGUCAUCAAAGAGGGCAUGCUGACCAAACAGAACAGCUCGUUCCAGCGGUCCAAGAGGAGGUACUUCAAGCUGCGAGGGCGGACGCUGUACUACGCCAAAACCGCCAAGUCAAUCAUAUUUGACGAAGUGGACCUCACGGACGCCAGCGUGGCUGAGUCUAGCACCAAAAACGUCAACAACAGUUUUACGGUCAUCACCCCGUGCCGGAAGCUGAUCCUCUGUGCGGACAACAGAAAGGAGAUGGAGGACUGGAUCGCGGCCCUGAAGACCGUCCAGAACCGGGAGCACUUUGAGCCCACGCAGUACAGCAUGGACCACUUCUCAGGGAUGCACAACUGGUACGCCUGCUCGCACGCGCGGCCCACCUACUGCAACGUGUGUCGCGAGGCUCUGUCUGGCGUCACGUCCCACGGGCUGUCCUGUGAAGUGUGCAAGUUCAAGGCCCACAAACGCUGUGCGGUGCGCGCAACCAACAACUGCAAGUGGACGACGCUGGCCUCGAUCGGGAAGGACAUCGUCGAGGACGAGGAUGGGAUCGCCAUGCCCCACCAGUGGCUGGAGGGAAACCUGCCCGUGAGUGCCAAGUGCACCGUGUGCGACAAGACCUGUGGCAGCGUGCUGCGCCUGCAGGACUGGCGCUGCCUCUGGUGCAAGGCCAUGGUGCACACUUCCUGCAAAGACUCCCUGCUGACCAAGUGCCCGCUCGGCCUGUGUAAGGUGUCAGUCAUCCCGCCCACGGCUCUCAACAGCAUCGACUCCGACGGGUUCUGGAAGGCCACCUGUCCUCCGUCCUGCACGAGCCCAUUGUUGGUCUUUGUCAACUCAAAAAGCGGGGACAACCAGGGAGUGAAGUUCCUCAGAAGAUUCAAGCAGUUGCUGAAUCCCGCCCAGGUCUUUGACCUCAUGAACGGAGGGCCGCACCUCGGCUUACGAUUAUUCCAGAAGUUUGACACGUUCCGGAUUCUGGUCUGUGGUGGAGAUGGCAGUGUCGGCUGGGUCCUCUCUGAAAUCGACAGCCUCAAUCUACAUAAACAGUGCCAGCUGGGGGUGCUGCCCCUUGGCACGGGGAACGACCUGGCUCGCGUGCUGGGCUGGGGCUCGGCCUGUGAUGAUGACACGCAGCUCCCCCAGAUCUUGGAGAAGCUGGAGAGAGCCAGCACCAAGAUGCUGGACAGGUGGAGCGUCAUGGCCUACGAGACCAAGCUCCCGCGGCAGGCCUCCUCCUCCACUGUCACUGAGGACUUCAGCGAGGACUCGGAGGUGCAGCAGAUCCUCUGCUAUGAAGACUCGGUCGCCGCCCACCUCUCUAAGAUCCUGACCUCAGACCAGCACUCGGUGGUGAUCUCGUCGGCCAAAGUGCUCUGUGAGACGGUGAAGGACUUCGUGGCCCGGGUGGGGAAGGCGUACGAGAAGACGACUGAGAGCUCAGAGGAAUCGGAGGUCAUGGCCCGGAAGUGCUCCGUCCUCAAAGAGAAGCUGGAUUCUCUCCUCAAGACCCUGGAUGAUGAGUCCCAGGCCACGUCCUCUCUGCCCAACCCGCCCCCCACCAUUGCCGAGGAGGCCGAGGACGGAGACGGGCCGGGCAGUGUUUGUAGCUCCAGCGGAGCACGCUCGGUGGGGCCCAGCUGCCCGGCCCGGCCGCAGCUCUUCCGUCCCCGGGAGCAGCUCAUGCUGAGGGCCAACAGCCUGAAGAAGGCCAUCCGGCAGAUCAUCGAGCACACCGAGAGAGCCGUCGACGAGCAGAACGCCCAGACCCAGGAGCAGGAGGGCUUCAUCCUGGGUCUCUCUGAGUCGGAGGAGAGGAAGGACCUGAAGGCGGACAACAGGGUGUGUCCACCACCCCAUAACGAGAGCUGUGGGGUCCCCAAGGGGAGGAGCCUCCGCAAAGUACCCAAGGCCCCGUGUGAGAAGCUCCUGGGCAAAGGCCUGUCCCCGGGCAGUUCUGCCUCUCUGCCUCCGCAGGCGGGAAGCCGGGACGGCCUGCCCGCGCUGAACUCCAAGAUCCUGUUCCCCAGUGUGCGGGCCGGGAUGUCUGGCUCCUUGCCGGGGGGCUCCGUCAUCAGCCGCUUGUUAAUCAACGCCGAUCCCUUUAACUCCGAACCUGAAAACCUGGAGUGCUACACCGAGAAGUGUGUCAUGAACAACUACUUCGGCAUCGGCCUGGACGCCAAGAUCUCCCUGGACUUCAACAACAAGCGCGACGAGCACCCGGAGAAGUGCAGGAGUCGAACCAAGAAUAUGAUGUGGUACGGGGUCCUUGGAACCAAAGAGCUGCUGCACAGAACCUACCGGAACCUGGAACAGAAGGUCCUGCUGGAGUGUGACGGGCGGCCCAUCCCACUGCCCAGUCUCCAGGGCAUCGCUGUCCUCAACAUCCCCAGCUAUGCCGGAGGGACCAACUUCUGGGGGGGCACCAAGGAAGACGACACUUUCGCGGCCCCGUCGUUUGACGACAAGAUCCUGGAGGUGGUGGCGGUGUUCGGCAGCAUGCAGAUGGCCGUGUCCCGCGUGAUCAAGCUGCAGCACCACCGCAUCGCACAGUGUCGCACGGUGAGGAUCUCCAUCCUGGGGGACGAGGGCGUUCCUGUGCAGGUGGACGGAGAGGCCUGGGUCCAGCCCCCGGGGUACAUCCGCAUCGUCCACAAGAACCGCGCACAGACGCUGACCAGGGACAGGGCCUUUGAGAACACCCUGAAGUCCUGGGAGGACAACCAGAAGUGCGAGCUGCCCCGCCCGCCUCCGUUCUCGCUGCACCCGGAGAUCCUGUCGGAGGAGGAGGCCACGCAGAUGGACCAGUUCGGGCAGGCGGCGGGGGUGCACAUCCACAGCAUCCGGGAAAUAGCGCAGUCCCAUCGCGACGUGGAGCAGGAGCUCGCACAUGCCGUCAACGCCAGCACCAAGUCCAUGGACCGCGUGUACGGCAAGCCCAGAACUGUGGAGGGCCUGAGCUGUAGCUUUGUCCUGGAGAUGGUGCACAACAUCCGGGCCCUGCGCAGCGAGACCGAGCUGCUGCUGGCUGGGAAGAUGGCGCUGCAGUUGGACCCCCCUCAGAAGGAGCGGCUCAGCACUGCUCUCUCCGAGAUGGACCGACAGCUCAAGAAGCUGGCAGACACCCCCUGGCUCUGCCAGUCCGUGGAGCCUGGUGAUGAAGAGAAUGUCAUGUUGGAUCUCUCCAAACGCAGCCGCAGUGGGAAAUUCCGCCUCGUGACCAAGUUUAAAAAGGAGAAAAACAACAAGAACAAAGACGCUCACAGCAGCCUGGGAGCCCCGGUUCACCUCUGGGGCACAGAGGAGGUUGCUGCCUGGCUGGAGCACCUCAGUCUCUGUGAGUACAAGGACAUCUUUACACGGCACGACAUCCGGGGCUCCGAGCUCCUGCACCUGGAGCGCAGGGACCUCAAGGACCUCGGCGUGACCAAAGUGGGCCACAUGAAGCGGAUCCUGUGCGGGAUCAAGGAGCUGAGUCGGAGCGCGCCUGCCGCCGAGGCCUAGCCUCUGCCUUCUUGGCCUGCGGCCUCCGCACCCCCCACGACUGAGGCCAGGGUCACCGCGCCGGCCACGCAGCCUGGCUCCUUAACAUGGUGCUACUCCCUCCUCAGCGACAGGAAGCCUCUGACACUCGUCACAGCCCUGGGAACCUGGGCAGACUUGCCGGGCCCCUGGCUCUCACCCAGCCGGGACUUGGGGGCUCCUCUCCACGUGUCUUCAGUGGCCGCUCUGCGUGGCCACGUCUGCCCGGCCGGCUCUCAGGAGUGCCCAGCCCGUGGCCCCUGUACUCGGCUCACCCGCCCCAGCCCCUGCUCUCCACUGUCCCCAGGGUUUCCUUUUUAACCCAGGGCCUGCUCUUGCCUGGUGUGAGAGCACGUGGGUGUGCCCGGCCUGCUCGUGCUGAUUGGACAGGAAGCGGGAGCCCUCCGCCCAGGCCCAGGCAGCGGGGUGGCUGCAUCCCUGAGCUGGCCCGGCCUUCCUCCCUCACUUCAGCCCUCGGCUGCUUCCCUGGGAGUGAGGGCUCGCCCUCAUGUCUGCUCUGUAUGUCGCCUGGGCUGCUGGUCCAGCUUAUGCCCUGGUCGGGUGGCGUCGGCCUGUCUGCCCGGUGGAGCUGAUGCUUCCGCUUAGCGAGCACAUGGCCCUGGGGAGCAUGGCUCAGCUUGUGGGGGUGAGCUUGUUCUUGGGCGGUGUCCCUGGUCGGCAGGGGCUGCCCCGAUUCCCUUACCCUGUGGUGGCUUGUGGCCUGUUGCCAGGCUGGCAUCCCUGGAAGUGUCUGAUACUACAUCCCAGGCCACUCCUGCCCCGCCUGUCCCUGGGCAAGGCUGGCUCCUGGCCUACAGGUGGGGGGGGUGCCAUGCCACCAGGUGGGGAGCUCCCGGCAGAGGCUGUGCCCUACGGGCUGGUCUCUGGGCUAGUGCAAGCUUGAAAGGGACUUCCGUGAUUGGCCCCGGCCUGAGGAGGGCUGCAGGCAUGGCCACACAUGGGGGAGCACAGCUGGGGGGAAUCUGGCCGUGUCACCAGCCUGCAGUGCCACUCACAGGACUGGGCCUGGGCUGGACCCUGUAGGCCGGCAGUUGGACAUGUUACCUGCCUCCUGCCUGCAGACCCUCAGUCAGGGCCCCGCGGUCCUCAGGGACUGGGUUGGGGCAGCCGUGGGGUCGAGGGCGGGAGGGCGCCUCUCCUGCCAUGCCCGCCCAGGGUCCCCAGUGAGUUGGCGCCCGGACUCUGGGUGUGGACGGAGCCGCUUCCUUGGGCGCAGCAGCGGGUAGGACGUGGCCGUGUGCCCCUUUCCCCUGGAACGUCUCUAGGUGGAGGCAGAAAUAGCCUGGCUGCAUGGCCCGGCUCGGCAGUGGAGGCUCAGAAGAGC